AUGCUCGGAGCGAUCAGCCCUCUCGCGCUUGGCUUGGCGGGCGCCGCGGCGCCUUCGGUCGCCGUCACCCGUGCUGCCGUGUCGAUGGCGGGCAGUGUCGACAGCAUGAUCGGAAAGUACUCCAUCAAGGGCACGGUGUACGACCCGCUCGACCUCGCGAGCAAGUACGACGUGAACUGGCUGCGCGAGGCUGAGCUCAAGCACGGGCGCGUGUGCAUGCUCGCGGUGGCUGGCUUCCUCGCCAACGAUGCGGGCUGGGGCUUGCCCGGCCUCGACAUCAAGCACACGACCGGAUGGUCGACCUAG